CCGGUCCGCCCUCGCGUGCGCGACCAGAGGGCCCCAGUCCACUCCUUUCCGCGCGCCGCCUCCGUCCUACCCCAGCUGAGCCAGGACGUCGUGAAGGAGGCAAGGAGCAGCUUGUUGGCUUCAUACUCUACAUGCAGCAACAGAUCCUCUCGUAAUCCCUGUAUUUGAACCUAUAUCCUCCCAAGUCCCAACGGUGCUAUCUGGAGGUGCCUGCAUUGCUUGCCUUCUAAAGUCCCACUAAGCUCGCACAUCGUUUUGGAGCAUCUACAACACUCAUAGCAGCCAACCUUUGUAGCUGAGAAGUUAUUAAGAGAAGGAGCUUGUGUGUAACGGAAGUCUAUGAUAUUGGUGAUGCUGCUUUCAAGUGGUUUAUGACUACAUGUGGAUUAAAAUGGAAGGGGUUUAAGGCAGAAUUAAAAGAGAAGUUUUUUGAUGAGACAUUAACAGAUAAGGAGCUGAUGGCAAGAAAUGGUGCAAUAGUAAAUCCUAAUGAUUGGAAGUUUCUUAUUAACUUUUGGAGGUCUGAUGAAUCUAAAAACGGGCAAAAGCAUGCCGUGCAAAGUUCUCCUUCAUACAUCUGGCAGCGUUAGCCAUGCUUCUACUAGGCAUAAACUGGGUGAGGAACUUGGGCGUCCGGCUAGAAGAGAUGAAGUCUUUGUCAAAACACAUACAAGAAAAAAUGGGGUUCCUUCAAGGCAGGCAGCACCAAAAAUUGAUGAAAUUAAAGAAAUUCUUGAAGUCUAUCUAGAGGUGGUUGACAGAACAAUUCAGCAAGGCGAUGCAUACGCUAUUGUUUGCGGACUAAAGGAGCCAAAAGGACGUGUUCGUGUAUUGGGCGUAGGACCAACUCCCCAAGAUAUUGGUACAUCGGAGUUGAAGUCGUACAUGCCAACAAGGAUUCAAAUAGAAGUUCUUGCUCGUGAAAAAGCUGAAAGUGAGAAAGCAGCUCUACAACAACGUGUUAAGGAAUUAGAGGAGCAAAUGCUUGAGGAAAGGCUGGCACAAGAAAGGCAAAAUCAUGAAUCCAACUCACAACAUGGUUCUAAUUCACGACACCAAGUGAGUCCGAGGCCUGAAGAAGCUGCAGAUGAGUCACAUCAAAAUAAUUCUAGAGCUGAAGGAGGUAAUUGCACAGACAAUGAAGAUUAUGACCUUUCUGAUGGGGAGAACUUGCUUAACCAAAGGCAUGCAACAGCUCCAUUAGUGCCUGCCAUGAACAAUGCAUCCCAACCAAGUGUUCAUGAUGGCCAUCGCUAUGCACAUGAUUCCCUUGUUGGAAAGACUGUCAUACUAUAUGCUAUGCUGAGAUCACAAGCUGUAGCUAGGGGUGUUGUCAUUUCAACUAAUCCAAACACCAUAUUAGAAGGUCAGCCUCUUGGGAAGCAAUUUUGUGAAGUUAUUGUGAAUUUGGUGCUGAAAAGAGAUGCAAUGCUGCCUCGCCCUUAUGAUGAUAUGGAAACUAUGGCUGAUGCAGACAUGAUGUCAAUUGCAUGGCCAUACAAGAGGCUAAAGGUUUGCGAUGAUAGGGCAUCAAAACCUUCUCAUGGUGCUGUAGGAUUGCAGGAAUCACAAGGUGCUGCUAAUUAACUAGUAUGCUAUGCUGAAUUAGUUGACAUGGUGAAAGUAGCAAAAUGACCAACAUCAAGCCAGUAAUUGUGCCAUAUCAUUUGUUGGAGGCUGAGGUGAUUUCAGUGGAUCUUUUGGGGCUGUGAUGACACCACUGAGGAAUCACAUUAACUUGUCUCGUGUGUGAUUUUGAUGGAAGGUUAAACCUCUUAAUAUGAUGUCUUUUGUACAACAAAUGCUAAUGGCUAUGUAGAUGAACCAUAGAUAUAUGAACUGUUAGUUGUUUAUCUUGACUCUUGGCUUGUAUGGAUGAUGUCCUAUAUAUAUUCACCUAUAUAAAUUAUCUUGGCUUGUC